CUUCAGUUUCAUAUUCUUUAUUUUCUUUUCUAUUUCUCUCUCUUCUGCUGCUCUCUUCUUCCAGUUCUUCAUUCAUUGUCUCCCAACAUUAUUUAUACACCUCCAUUUCUUGCUUCUCUUCUGCACUUCUUCCUCUCUCGAUCCCCAUCCCUAAAUCCCUAUCCUCAUCAUGGCUGAUUCUUCUACUGUGGUGGAAGCCAUAGAUGGAACUAUCUCUGUAGCAUCUGCAUUUGCUUGUCAUCAAGAAGCUGUACAAGAUAGAGACUACAAGUUCUUGACUCAAGCAGUUGAAGAGGCUUACAAAGGAGUUGAGUGUGGAGAUGGAGGCCCUUUCGGAGCAGUUGUUGUUCAUAACGAUGAAGUAGUUGUGAGCUGUCACAACAUGGUCUUGAGAAACACUGAUCCUACAGCACAUGCUGAAGUCACUGCAGUUCGGGAGGCCUGCAAAAAACUCGGCCAAAUCGAACUUUCAGACUGUGAGAUCUAUGCAUCGUGCGAGCCAUGUCCAAUGUGCUUCGGUGCCAUCCAUCUUUCAAGAAUUAAGAGAUUGGUGUACGGAGCGAAAGCAGAAGCUGCAAUAGCGAUCGGGUUCGAUGAUUUCAUAGCUGAUGCCAUAAGGGGGACUGGGUUUUAUCAGAAGGCUCACCUGGAAAUCAAGAAAGCAGAUGGGAAUGGUGCUGUUAUUGCUGAGCAAGUGUUUGAGAAAACAAAGGCAAAAUUUCAAUUGUACUGAAUCUGCAUCAUCAUCCACCCUUCCUGUUAAAAUAAAUAAAUUAUCAACUGUUCAUAUAUCCUUUAUCCUAAAUUCAUGGAACUAUCAUGCAGUUGUAGCUUUCCUUUUAACUUUCAAUUAACACAGCUUCUGUAUCUUCGUCUUCAAGAAAUGGUUCACUUUAUUUUAUAAAUUCUGUAUUUUAUUACAUGU